GUCAUCGCAACGACACAUAGAAAUAAUGCCCAUCCCCACACCUUUCGGCGGUUUUCUGCCCGCUGCUCGAGAUCCACCAUCUGCAUUUCUUGCUGCUUACAUAGCAAAUCCACCUUAAGUAGACGGUACUGCCCGAGAUGCCCACCCCACCCUUCUCCCAAGACCGCCGAGACUGGCUGAGCGAAAUUUCUGGACUACUUUCCCAGCGCAAAACCAAGGACGUUAAGAACACAACAUCUACGUCAACUGUAAACCUUGGAUUUGGUACCCCAAAAGCUUUCGACUCUGUUUCAACUUUCAGUUUGAGAUCUCGAGAUGACGCCUCCACAAAAGAUCAAGCAAUGGCUCACGGGCCAGGACGGGCUCGAUAAACUCAGGAUGGGCGAGGCGGAAUGCCCAAUCCCUGGUGAAGACGAGGUGUUGGUUGAAGUUCAUUCCGUGAGUCUGAACUACAGGGAUACCGAAGUCGCCAUGGGCCUCUACAACCACCACAAGUCCGUAGAACAUCCCCCCGCUAUUGUCCCAUGCAGCGAUAUGUGCGGUGUAGUUGUUGCGGUUGGCCCAGUCUCCAACAACACUUCAGACCCCUACAAGAACCCAGCUUUCCAGCUUAAGGAAGGCGAUAGGGUCAUCAGCACAUUUGCGCCGAAACAUCUCAGCGGUCAAAUCAAGGCCUCAGACAUCGCGAGUGGUCUAGGCGGGCCUGCACCUGGAGUACUGACGCAGUACCGUGUCUUCCCCACGCAUGGCGUUGUCAAGAUUCCAGAUUACCUAUCUGAUGACGAAGCCGCUUGCUUGCCAAUCGCAGCUGUAACCGCCUGGAUGAGCCUGAACUGCAUGCGACCAAAUGGCGAGAUCAUUGGACCGGGCGAAACAGUCCUGUGCCAGGGUACUGGCGGUGUAAGCAUCUCUGCAGCCCAGAUCGCAUCCGCAGCAGGCGCAGAUGCCAUUGUCACUUCAUCCUCCGAUGAGAAGCUUCAGCGCGCAUCCAAGCUUGGUGCAAAGACCACCAUCAACUACCGCAACACCCCCGACUGGGAAAACGCAGUCCUUUCUGCUACCUCUGACGAGGGCGCCGAUAUCAUCAUCGAAGUUGGUGGUGCGCAGACGCUUCGCAAGUCGUUCGAGUGUGUACGCUUCGGCGGAUUGAUCUCUUGCAUUGGCUAUCUAUCCGGCAAGCAAGACGAGGCUGGCGACAGGACGAACACGAACUUGCUGUGCCUGAAGAGGAAUGUCACACUCAAGGGCAUUGUGAACGGCCCCAGGACUGAGCUUGAGAGAAUGCUCAAGUUUUACGACGAGAAGAAGAUUAAGCCAGUCGUCGAUCGUGUUUGGAAGUUUGAAGAGGCGGAUCAAGCGAUCAAGUACCUUUUCAGCGGAGGUCACUUUGGAAAGGUUGUCAUUAAGGUAAAGGAGUAAAUGGUACUAUAAGUGUGUCAUGAAUCAAAAUUACCAUCAUUCAACAUCCAGCACUUGCAUUACAUGCUCAGUUCAUCGGAUGUCAUUGUGCAUUAUCUUUAAGCUUCGUCAAAAAUUAUUUUAAUUGCGGC